CAGGCGGGACUGAGCGCGGUAAGAGGCGAGGAGCAGAAAGGCGGGCGCGCUCUCUAGGGUUGUCCCGGGUCAGAAUUGUUUGAGGGGUGGCGGUGAAAUCCGCGGAGACAGAUGUGUCAGCGGCACACAGCAGUAUAGUACAGCACGUCCUGGUGGGUUUUUAGGUCGAGUGGAAUUUGGACUGCUCCGGGAAGUUGUAAUUUCCGCUGAGGAAAAAAUCCAUCCUCCGUUCACAGGUUGUUGAGAGAGAGGACUGUCCCAGACCUGGUAUCGUAUUGUCUUCGUUGUCAGCUCGCACCGAUGGAUUGCAAAUAGUUGUUCGAUUGGGCGGGCAAACAACAGACGGGGCCGGCGGGCCGGGAUGAAAGCUUCGUGAAGCAGCUAGCGAGAGAGCGAGAGAGAGGAAGAGAUCGUGGGCGAGUUGUGCGAGGAGCACGCACCGUUACAACCCGGAAGAGAGAUGGAAAUGUUUCCCCACCGCGGCGUUGUUGUUGCUGCUGUUGUUGUACUGUGGGUGUGUUUGUGCGGUGUACGGUACGUGCACGGAGACUGCCGCGACCGCCCGGAACCACAGUGUUGCACGGGACGGGACGCUUUCUGUCACAACUACGGCCUCAGGACAGACAAUCGCUACGGCCCGUGCUACUGCGACGAAGCCUGUACUGCUCAGCAAGACUGUUGCCAAGACUAUACCUGGAUAUGCAUCCCCGUGGACUGUGAGGUCGGGGAGUGGUCGGGUUGGUCCGCCUGCACCAGUUCCUGUGACAUCGGGUUUGCCGAGCGACGGCGACGGGUGACGAAAGAGCCGAAGAACGGCGGAAAGGCGUGCCCACCGGAAGUGGAGAGACGAGGCUGUUACGAAUGGGACGCGCGAAAAUGUGAUCCAGCCACAGAUGUUGCCCUGCUCACCCCAGCUGAGUUCAGCCGUGACCAGUACCCGGACUUCAGACCCAAAAGAGUCAUCAACACUAGGAACAGCUACUGCGUGUUCUUCUACAUGAAUGAGGUACCGACGACCUGUAUCCUCCACCGGCAGGCCGGCCAGUGGACCCACGCGCUGCAGCCGCGCUCCACGGUGUGUGUGGAGUGUCAGCCCGCCGCCAUGGACAGGAACGGCCGCUGCUCCGGGGACGGCGUGGACGACGCCUCGACCCUGUGGAAGGCCAUGGGCGUGACGGGGUGCCAGGGCUCGUGGCUGCGUGCCGAGAAGAGAGAGGACUGUAACUGCGGAGACAGACCCGGCACGGACUUCUUGUUCGUGUAACACCCUCCCAAAAGUGAACAAAAAGUGUGAAUUCUCUACUUACGUCUCCCCAAACAAUUGUGUUUCUUUAACACGAAAUCCAUCGGCGUUGGUAGAUCAUGGAGUUCAAAUAUAAACCUUUGGUUCAACUGAAAGAAAAGAAAUAUACCAACUUUCCAGAAAGUCACGUGACAUUUACAGAAAACCAUGUUCCAAAUGUGAGUGGGUCAGUACUUCUGAAGAAGGUCGAUCCUCACAGUCAUAUUGGUGCAUCAGUUGAGUUUGAAUUCCUUUGCCACCUUCAUUUUUCUUGAUAUGUUGAAGAUUUGAACUGUUUCAUAUUUUCUUGGUGCUUUUAAAAUUGGAAAUAAUGUUGUUUUUCUCUCAUUAGUCAUUACUUUAAGAACAGAAGUGUAACAAGAGUCUUGUCUAUAGACUUUCUUAUAUAAAGAUUUUUUUUUAAUUGUGGCCACAAGAAUAUGAGUCCACCUGAUAGUGCUUAAUAUAGCUUGUGUUGUGAAAACGAGCCCCUAAACUAAGUUUGAACGGUAUUCUUAUUACCCCUGUACUUUAUCAAAUUCAUGAAUUCAUAUGUGAAUUGUUAUAGGUUUUAAGUAUCGUUGCACUAUCGUUUGUGAUUCAGAUAAUGACAUUGUGGCAUCGUUUACUCAGUGAUCUUUUCUCUUUACUCAUGUACAAGAAACAGCGAAGCACUGAAUUUAAAUUUUGUAACACAUUUUACGCGUUUAUAAUCAAAUUCGAACCUUGAAUCAGUUAGGUUAGCGAAUGAAAAUUAAAAGUUUUACAUGUAUUUAUUGUUCAAAAAAGUAUUGCACCGUGUACGUUCUUUAUAUGCUUGCUCACUUAUAGAAUUGAUACAAAUAUUGAAAUCUGUAUAAACUGUAGUGUUGGGUUGGGUUGGGUUGGGAUUAGGUAGGGUUGAAUUGGCUCUGGUUCGGUUACACUAUCCGCACACGGUCAAGAAUUUGAUGUGGAAGAUGUUUUUGGCAACGCCUCUGGGGCGAGCCUAAUUGUGGUUGUUUUUAAACAUAGGUCGACCUUAUUUCUCUAAACACAAGUCUGUAGCCACGGCACGAUACCAUACCGAACAGGACAUGUCUACUCAGGGCUUUAUAAUCAGUGUUUUGUAGUAUUUCAGAGAGUUUUUCAGUUGAGUCAACACCGUUUGGUUUUUAGUCUUUUCCAUAAGUCAGCAUUCAGGAACUAGGAAAUUAAACAUACUGUACUCGUAUUUCUGCGAACUGAAAUCAAAUCUAAAUCUAAAAAUGUUUUCAACAUGCCAGAACUUAUUUGUCAGCGUAUUUCCCUUGAUCGUUUGAUAAUUUAGCAAAGUAAGCGCAUAAUGUUGUAUACCAAUGACGUUGUACAUGGAUGUCACAUAUUUAUGUCUUGUAUAUUAUCACCUAAUAAAUGUUUGUAACCAAACAA